UUUGGAGAGGCAGGCAGAGCUACGCUCCCAGGCGGUGGGACGGCUUGAAGGCGCUGCUGCUGCUGCCGCCUUCGAGGAGGGCUUUGCGGUCUGUCGGCCAGCCAGGCUGCGGUUGGACGGGUGGGGGCAGGCAGAGAGGAGCCUCGGGGGCGGGGAUCGAGGGACUCAAAAGCGCGUGCAGAGGCAGCGUGCGCGCAAGGCUGAGCCCGAGAGCAGGAGGUCUCCAUCGCGGCGCCGGCUUCUCCUGAGCUGCCCCGACGUGCCAUGGCCUCGCUCCUCACCGCCGGCUUGCUGGGGCUUCUGCUGGUGCUGGUGCUGCUGCUGCUGCUGGCUUCUCGCUUCGGCAGAGCGCGGCGACCGGGGGAACCUCCACUUGACAAAGGUUUCAUUCCUUGGCUUGGGCACGCGCUGGAAUUUGGCAGAGAUGCCGCCAAGUUCAUGACUGACAUGAGGAAGAAGCAUGGGGAUAUUUACACAGUUCAAGCUGCAGGGAAAUUUGUCACCGUUUUGCUGGACCCCCAUUCCUACGAAGCAGUGCUUUGGGAGUCACGUUCCAAGCUGGACUUUGGCCAGUAUGCCCGCAUUUUAAUGGACCGAAUGUUUGAAGUCAAGCUGCCGGAUUAUGACCCUAAUGCGGAAAAGGUCAUGAUGAGAAUGACUCUGCAGAACAAGAAUCUCCCCACCCUAACAAAGGCAAUGUUCUUCAACUUACGAACCAUUCUGCUUUCUGACCCAGAUAGAGCCAGCCAGCAGUGGAAAGAGGAAGGUCUGUUUCACCUCUCCUACAGUACAAUGUUCAGAGCUGGGUUCCUGACACUGUAUGGCAAUGAAGGCAAAGAUUAUGAGGACAGCAGGAAUCAAGCUAAAGACCUGGCCUUCUCCCUGGAUAUAUACACUGAGUUUUAUAAACUGGACCGUCUUUUGAUGAAAGCUGCUCGCUCCAUCUUGAGUGCAGCGGAAAAGAAGGAAAUCAACAGCCUUAGGAAGCACCUCUGGAAGUUACUAUCUGUGAAGAGACUGGAUUGCAGAGCUAACCGAAGUGUUUGGCUGGACAGCUACAAACAGCACUUGGUGGACCUUGGACUAGAUGAAAAUAUGCAGACAAGAGCAAUGCUGUUGCAGCUCUGGAGUACUCAGAGUAAUGCAGGGCCUGCAGUUUUCUGGCUUCUCCUGUUUCUUUUAAAAUACCCUUCAGCCAUGGCAGCAGUUCAAGGUGAAAUGGAAGCAAUUUUUCGAAGUAGAAGACAAAAAAUUGGACAAAUGCAUGGAAUCAGCCAAGAGAUUUUAGACUGCACACCCAUUUUUGACAGCGCAUUGAAUGAAAUGCUACGUUUGACAGCAGCUCCUUUCAUCACCAGAGAGGUCCUUCAAGACAUGUGCCUGAGACUGGCAGACGGCAGAGAGUACAGCCUGAGAAAAGGAGAUAGGCUUUGCCUCUUUCCAUUUAUAAGCCCUCAAAUGGACCCUGAAAUUUAUGAGGAGCCAGAGAAAUUCAGAUAUGACCGAUUCCUCAAUUCGGACGGCACAGAAAAAACAGAUUUCUAUAAAGGAGGGAAAAGCCUCAAGUAUUACUCCAUGCCAUGGGGAGCGGGAAUAAAUGUCUGUAUCGGAAAGUUCCUUGCAGUCAAUAGCAUCAAACAGUGUGUUUUCCUCCUCUUAAGCUAUUUUGAUUUGGAGCUGAAAGAUCCCAAUGCAGCAAUCCCAGCCUUUGACAAGGAAAGAUACGGCUUUGGAAUGUUGCAGCCAGAGAAAGAUGUCAUCAUUCGAUAUAAACUGAAAGCUCAGUAAAAUUGUAUAUUUCUUCCCCUUAUCGUCAAGCUCCUCUGGACAUCCCUUCAUGUUCUGCAAGAAAACAGCUGCUCACUGGUUUCAGUUGAAAUUUAUUUUGACAUGACAUGGGUUGCUAAGGUAUAUUUAUAUGUUAUAGCUACAAAGAGGGCAUAAUAAAUUGUUCUCUGUGGCAUCUGCAAGCUGUUCAUUUGCAAAAGCUCACCGGAUGGCAUUUGGGGCCCCUUCAGACAGGUGUUUUCUGCAACAUGUCAUUGACUCAAUAACAGUGGUGAGCUUGGUGAGACCAAUCCAUACAUCAUUCUCCUUUCUUAUUUUGUGAUGCUGCCCCAAUGCCAUCUGGGGGCACAUUCUUACACUAUACUGCAACAAAAGUGGAACCUUUUAAAAACCCCAACAACCUUGACAGCAUUUAAUGUAUAAAAAGUUACAGGAUUUCAUCAGGAAUCUACAAGGCUCGUACCUAUUACAAGCAAAGCAAUAUGUUUUCCCAAAACAUUUCCAUGCGCAAACUAUCGAAAGUGGGAGCAUGUGUAACUGCCCCGAUACCAUCACCACGGAUGGAUGAUAACAAAAGAAUGUCUGGAGGAGUUUCACUACACCAUUGCAGGCCAAUAUGUUGUACAUCCAAAAAAACUGGUGGAAAAUUGCAGAUGCCAUGUGGAACCUUUUGAAGUGACAGGCACAAGAAGACCAUCGGCCCCACUUUGAUCCACAAAUAUUGGGUCAUAGAAUCAUAGAAUUGCAGAGUUGGGAGGGACCCAACUGGUCCAUCGCCCUGCAAUGCAGCGGAUCGAACCUGCAACCUUGGCAAUAUCAGCAGGAUGCUCUAACCAACUGAGCUAGUGGCUGAAAAGAUGUUUGACGCAAAUUUGUCAGUACUUCUUAGGUUAGUGAUUUAUGCUUUAGGGCUUUUCCAGGACUCAGGAGUCUGGAAAUUGCAGAAGAGUGAUCCAGACAGCAGACCAAGAAACUGCCAAAGCUAGCCUGAAUGAAACAGGCAGAGUGUGGGUCACUCAGCAAUUGUUUUCCAAAUCCCUAGACAUUCUUUGGGGAGGUGGGGAUCUCUUCUCCUCACUUCCUGGUCUGGUUUUCCCCACCUUCUGUUUUGUCACCAAGGCUACAUCUACACAGCUAUUAAAAAAACGCUCUGUAAAUGCUCUGAAAAAAGCCGUUUUAAAACUCACAAUGGAAAAUUUCACAGAGUUCCGAUUUCAGCUUCACACCACCAUCUGGUGUCACAAUGUUAUAAGGCAUUUAUAAUGUUCUAUUUUUAGUAAUGUAGCUGAGUCCUAAAAGCUCGCAAGCCUCUGUAUAAUUACUUUAGAGUAAGUCUCAUUGAGCUGGGUGGGACUUACUUCCCGGAAAACAUGGAAAGAAACCCAGUCAUGCUCUGGAUCACACAACCUUACCAGGGAGUAAGUUCUAUUGAACUCAAUGGAACUUUAUUCUGAGUUGACAUGCAUUGGAUUGUCCUGUUAAUUACUAUAGUUAAUGGAGGAGAUUCAAAAUAUUAUAUAGUGAUAAAUCACCAAACAAACAAACAAACCUCUAGCCACCUUUAAAAAAUCACUGGUGCACUUUUUGCCUUCCGUUGCUAAUGUUUUAAUAAAUCCAGCCAUCAGCAAGUACAGUGGUACCUCGGGUUAAGUACUUAAUUUGUUCUGGAGGUCC